UAUUUUUUUAUCAAGAGUCGGCAAAGGAAAGCUUGUUUCGGACUAAACGGACAAAUAAACUUUACACCAAUCAAAAUCGGGAGUCAUCUCAGGAAAUAACUCAUCCUUAUACGAAAGACCGUUAGCCAUGUUAUAUAUGAAACAUGUAUAUGAAAUAUUAUGAAUAUAUUCUUUAGAUCGGAGCAAAUAUUUUGACCAAUCAAAUUAGGGAGCCAUUCCUAUCGGAGCAAAUAUUUUGACCAAUCAAAUUAGGAAGCCAUUCCUGUAAGUCUUCGAUUUUGCGUUUUCCCCAUCAAUGGUGGAACCAUCAAAUCUUUUUAUAGAAAGGGCAGUCAAUAUUUUAAAUACUUUAGCGUCGUUAAUUGCUGAAAACUAUUCCUUAAACCCACAAAUAGAUAUUAAUAAAAUUUUGGAUUUUGCGUUGAAAGUAACUCCUACAGAUUGUGAUCGAAGUAAUUCAAUAAAAGAUGCUACGUCGAAAGUAAUAAAAUUUAUAAAUUAUGAAAUCAAUGAUUUUAAAAAUAUAGCAUUAUCGAUUGAUGAAUUAGAAAAUAUAGUAAAAAAACGAUUAAAAAGAUUAAAAAAAAAUGUAAAAACGGAAUAUAAUAAAAACAAAGUAACAAAAGAAGAAGAAAUAGAAGAAUGUAAGUUAGUUUUGAUGUUUUUUCCAAAUUAUAAUAAUGAAAACAAAUAUUUUUUCGAAAAACUGGCUGAUCUGGUAGGCGUAGAUCAUAAAGGUAUCGAUCUAUGGCUCGCUGAAGCAGAAGGCAAUGUAGGAAAAAUAGUGAAAUUAAUUUCAGAUAAUGCUCACCUUAAUAAUGUACCGCUGAUGAGAGAGGAUCACUUUAAAGAUAUUGAAAGAAUAUUAAAAAUAGAAAUUUUCAAGUAUCAGUAUGACUAUUUUAAAGGUAAAGAAAAUGAUAAGCAAAUCAAAUUUAUAAAUACUUUAACCUUACAAGAUUUUGCAACUGCUAGAUGUAAAGUUUCUCAAAUCUAUGUAGCUUCAAUGUUGUUGACAUUUGCUGUUUUUGAACAGAAUAUGGAAAUGGUGAAAGUACUACUGGAAUUUAAAGCUGAUCCUAGGAUCAAGGAUUUAAAAUACGGCCUAAAUUCGAUCAGUUAUGCUUUAUUAACGCCAGAUUUUUCUGAAGAAUUUUUAAAAGAAGCUAUUAAAGAUAAAUAUAAACUAAUAGAGCGCAAAGCCGAGUGUGAUGGUGCACUGUUCAAGAGCAUAACAUUUAUUGAUGAAUAUCAAAAUAAAGAUAAACUAAUGCAAAUGCUGCGCAAACUGUACGAUUUUGAUUUUGAAGAUGACGAUGACUAAAAUAAUAGAUAAAAUCAGUUGUAAUUAUACUAACGGGUUUCCUAAUGAAAAGCAAAUUUUUUUUUUUUUUUUUCUGAUAUUUAAUAUUUUAAUUUUUAAAAUUAUAUCUUUAUGGAAUUGUUUAUAAAA